AUGUCUGCGCCCGGCGACAAGGCCGGGCCAUCUCAAAUUUCAAAAUCGGUCGAAAACGAAGCUGCUUCCAAACCGGUUUCUAUCCUCUCGUCCUCCCAGGCCCAAGCAGCCCGCCACGUCCACCCUGUCCUCCUGGUCGCCUUCUUCUUGGUCAGGUUCAAUGCUCUUGUCUUGGACCCAGUCGCAACCAUGUGGAACUCCUUGCCCGUCGUCCUGGCCAUGCAAGUAGCCUACGCCAUCGUAUGUCUUCCACCGGCCGGCGCGCAAGCUGCGAAAGCUCCCAAGAAGCCCCGCCCCGGUGAGAAGAAGAAGCCAGCGGCCGAGGGCUCUGGCUCGAACAUCGCCGUGACAACGACAGCCGCACUCUUCCUCUCGACCUUCUCCGCCUGCGCUCUCCACCUCAUCUUCGUGCUCUUCGGCGCGCCGCUCCUGACCCACCUCCCGAAUACGUUUCUGUGCUCUCUUCAUCUCUCCCUGCUGGGCUUGUUCCCGCUAUUCUACACCCAUGGCGUUACGAAGAACUCGUGGCUAGAGAUCCUCGGCGCCCGGGCGCCGUUCGACGAGACAUUUGGUGGUUUGGUUGGAGGUUGCUUGGGCGCGUGGCUUGGAGCCGUCCCGAUCCCCCUAGACUGGGAUCGCGAAUGGCAGAAGUGGCCCAUCACGAUAUUAUGCGGUGUGUAUGCCGGGUAUGUCGUGGGUAAGGCCGUUGGCGGCACCCUGGCUUUUGGACGACGGUUCGGUUGA